AUGAUACUGAACAAUGAUUACUUAUGCGCGAACACAUCACAGGACGAUGAAGCCGACUGGGCAGGGAAUUCAACGCUGGACGAAUACAUCGCGCAAAACAGUACUAGCGAUGCAUACGAUACUUUAUAUGAUGUCCCAACGGGUGUAAUAGUACUGCUGUCUUUCUUGUACGGCUCCAUAUCAGUGUUGGCAGUCGUCGGUAACUUCCUUGUGAUGUGGGUUGUCGCCACGUCGCGUCGAAUGCAAAGUGUCACAAACUGCUAUAUAGCUAACUUAGCACUAGCUGACAUCGUAAUAGGAUUAUUUGCCAUACCAUUCCAAUUUCAAGCGGCUUUGCUGCAGCGAUGGUUGCUUCCACACUUUAUGUGUGCGUUCUGUCCGUUCGUCCAAGCACUAAGCGUGAAUGUCAGCGUAUUUACGCUAACGGCAAUAGCUGUUGACAGACACCGGGCUAUUAUCACACCUCUCAGUGCUCACACGUCGAAACGAGUGGCCAAAGUGAUCAUUGUAUUUAUAUGGCUUCUAGCCUUCACAUUGGCUGCGCCAAUGGAAAUGUCAUGGGAGGUUGUCAUGGAAGAUGAAAUAGACCCAGGCACUAAGUUGGUUUACAAAAAACCAUUUUGCACUGCCAGUGAAUUCGGAUCCAAUUCACUGGCAAUAUAUAGGUUGCUACUAUACAUAUUUCAGUAUGUGAUUCCUUUGUGCGUGAUAACAUUCGCCUACGUACACAUGGCCAUGAAGCUUUGGGGAGCACGUGCGCCGGGUAACGCGCAAGAGACCCGAGAUGCAAACCAUAUGAAGAAUAAAAAGAAGGUCAUAAAAAUGCUCGUACUCGUAGUGGCACUCUUCGCACUUUGCUGGCUUCCCCUUCAGAGUUAUUUACUACUGCAGUCCUUCUUCCCCUCCAUAAAUGAGUACAGAUACAUAAACGUGAUCUUCUUCUGUUUCGACUGGCUCGCCAUGAGUAAUUCCUGCUAUAAUCCGUUCAUCUACGCCAUAUACAACGAAAAAUUCAAGAAGGAAUUUAAACAACGAUUCACCUUUGGGAAAAAACCCAAUAGAUUCGCCAAUGACAGUUAUGAGGACGGCCAAUCCUAUAGGACUCGGAUUCUUUCUUUCCGCUCAACCAACGACCGAUGUUUAUACUCAACCAGAAAAUCGAUUAACAUUACGCCCGACGAUUCUCUUAGGUUGUCGACACAUAGCUCUGUCCAAUACACGAACAACCAGAGCCGUGAGAACGGCUGUGAAUGUACUAAAACCGAAGAAGCACAAGCCCGCAUCACAGCAAGGAGGUACGCCAACAUGAGAAUGGGAUGCCGACACCCAAACGCAAGAAAAUGCUUCUCGAAGGCCAAUGAAACUGACGAGAUGCCAAUAGGCGACGAGAGAGUUAGCGAACUAUACAUCUUUCCCAAUAGUAACAUUGUUGAAUUCCGAGACAUAUCAUACGAUGACAAAGUGUAA